GACAUUAGUGCACUGUAGCCUUAAACUGACAAGAUGGCGGAAGCAAUGGUUGAAAAUCAAGAACGGACACAAAACUCUAAAUUUUAUUGCCAUCAGUGCUCUCUACAAAUAACACCAAAACUACCGGACUUCACCUGUCCACGAUGUGACAAUGGAUUCAUCGAAGAGAUUACAGAGGAAGAAGGCAGUGCAGAAAGUUCUAAUUCUGUACCAACACAAGUGCUAGACCCUGCUACACAAUUUGCACAGCUCUGGGGUAGAGCGUUUCUAGAUAGCUUUAGUAAUCAUGCAGCAGAAAGAGAUGAAGGGGCUGCAUGGAAUCAGAACAGAGAUUCUGACGAUGAGGUUGGAGAAAAUAUGUGGCUACAGAGACAUAGACCCUUCCCACAACCCAGGACCACAUAUAGAAGAAAUAGGCCAGUUAGAAAUCAAUACUUGCACGGACUUUUCCAAUACAUCUCUGAUCAACUGGAACCAGAAGGUGGGGGAGGAGGAUUUAGACUGCCAAUAAAUGUGAUGCCCUUGCACAGUAACCCCAACGACUAUGUGUGGGGAGCAGGAGGUCUUGAUGCCAUUAUUACACAGCUGCUGAACCAGUUGGAGGGAUCAGGGGCACCCCCUGCCAAUCAGGAGCGAAUUGAAGCUCUUCCGACUGUUAAGAUCACACAGAAACAAGUUGAUGAUAUUUUACAAUGUUCAGUAUGCAUGGAUGAUUUUCACCUGAAUGAUGAAGUGAAGAAGCUACCCUGUGAUCACCAUUACCACAAUGACUGUAUCGUCACGUGGCUGAAAAUGCAUGGAACAUGUCCGGUGUGUCGGAAGGACCUAAAUGGUGAAGAUACCUCGCUUAAGGACACUAUAACCCCCAUUGUGGACUCUGAGUCCCCAAGUAGUGACAGCUCGGGAACAUAGAGUGACACUGGCAUUUUGGCUAAAUACUCCAGCAUGGUGUAUAUUAUGUUAGAUAAAAUGAAUUUUGUGUGUAGGUUUUAUGUUGCAUGUGUUUUUGCUUACUUUUUAUGCCCCCCUUCGAAGAAUGGGGAGUUAUAUUGUUUUUCACAUGUCGGUAGGUCCGUCGGUCAGUCGGUCGGUCCUUCUGUCUGUCCACCAGAUGGUUUCCGUAUGAUAACUCAAAAAUGCUUAGGCCUAGGAUCAUGAAACUUCAUAGGUACAUUGAUCAUGACUAACAGAUGACCCCUAUUGAUUUUGAGGUCACUAGGUUAAAUAUCAAGGUCACAGUGACUCGAAAUAGUAAAAUGGUUUCAGGAUGAUAACUCAAGAACGCUUACGCCUAGGAUCAUGAAACUUCAUAGGUACAUUGAUCAUGACUCGCAGAUGACCCUAAUGAUUUUCAGGUCACUAGGUCAAAGGUCAAAGUCAUGGUGACUUGACACAGUAAAAAGGUUUCCAGAUGAUAACUCAAGAAAGCUUACGCCUAAUAUUAUGAAACUUUAUAUGUACAUUGAUCAUGACUGGCAGAUGACCCCUAUGAUUUUCAGGUCACUAGGUCAAAGGUCAAGGUCACAGUGACAAAAAACGUAUUCACACAAUGGCUGCCACUACAACUGACAGCCCAAAUGGGGGCAUGCAUGUUUUAUAAACAGCCCUUGUUUUAGUAAUGCCAGUGCAAAUGUAAACUGAAAAAUAAAAACAGUGGAAGUUUUUAUAUCAGGUUAUUUUUAUCAUCUGUUUGGUUACAUUCAACUGAAGUUUAAUUUUAUUUUGUUUGAAUUGUUGAGAAGGUGUUCAGUUUUAAAGAUUAUAAAACCGUAAAAAUAGUUUUGUUUUUUUGUAAGUCACAUCACAGAAUGACCUAGGAUACAAUGGUUGGUAUGUAAAUUUUGCCAUUUAUAAAAAUGCACAAUAUAAUUUUGUGUUUGUGGUUAUUCUGAAGAGCACCUUAGUUGCCACCCUGUGCAGUUAAAGUUUUGAGUAUUACCUUUAGUGUACUAAACAAAAUUGUGCGUGGGCAUUGCAACUACAUGUAGGUAAAAUUUGAUUAUCAGCAAAAUAUCUAAAGGAGUAGACAAGAUAUCUCCCUUAAAAUAUAGCCCAAUAAGCAUCACAGACUCUAGAUACGCUCCAUAUAAACUUUUAUGCUGCCCAACGUUUUUUGCCCUAGAAUUUUUGAAAAUGUCUUUUUUAGCCUUUUUCUCAAAUAGAAUAUGACAAUUUCUUGACAAACAUGAUAAACAUAGUUCAAAAGUUUUAAAAUCAACCAAAUCAUAUGUAGAAUUAAUGCCCUUAAUUUUGUAAAACUACUUGUAGCCCUAUAAAUUAUUUUUUCUGCUAUGCAUCAUUAUGCUGUGUUACAAACCAUUCUUGUUUUUCAUUGCUGUCUAUAAGCUAAUGAUGUAUCUGUAAAUUUAUUAAACAGCUAUACAAGUUGUGUUUUUCAGUUAAAGGAUCCCAGAUGUUGACUUUUGAAGCAAAAAAGUGUUUGCAAUCAUGUUCAACUCUAGUGAAACAAAUAUUGUUAUUGGAAUCAUAAUUUAGGUUUUGGCAUGAUCUUAUUUAUGUAUUUAAGCAGAGUUCUGUAGUGAGGUAUCUCCCUGUCAUGAAACAUGGUUUUUAGCUCACCUGAUUGCUCAGGUGAGCUUUUUGACCGGUCUUUGUCUGUCGUCUGUCCGUCCGUCCGUAAACAUUUGCUCGUUAACACUCUAGAGUCCAUAUUUCUUGUCCCAUCUUCAUGAAACUUGGUCAAAAGCUGUGCCCCAAUAAAAUCUUGGCCGAGUUCGAAACUAAGUCAUGCUGGGUCAAAAACUAGGUCACUAGGUAAAAAAAAAGAAAAACCUUGUAAACACUGUAGAAGUCACAUUCAUGCCCAAUCUUCAUGUAUGUUUGUCAAAAUGUUUGCCUCAAUGAUAUGUUGGUCUAGUUCAAAAGUGGUCCGUUGAAAAACAUGGUCGCUAGUGGGCGGGGCAGUUUUCCUUAUUUGGCUAUAGAGAAACCUUGUAAACACUCUAGAAGUCACAAUUUUUGCCCAAUCAUCAUGAAAGUUGGUAAAAACAUUGGUUUUAUUGAUAUCUCGGACGAGUAUGAAAAUGGUCCAGUUCGGUGAAAGAACAUGGCCGCCAGUGGGCGGGGCAUUUUUCUCUAUAUGUAUAUAUAUUGAAAACAUGUGAACACUCUAGAAGUCACAUUUUUGGCCCAAUUUUCAUGAAAUUUGGUCGGAAUUUUGUUUCCUUGAUACGAGAGUUGAGUUCGAAAAUGGUUCCAGUCAGUUAAAAAACAUGGCUGCCGGGGGGGGGGGGGGGGGGGGGGCAGUUUUCCUUAUUUGGCUAUAGAGAAACCUUGUAAACACUUUAGAAGUCACAAUUUUUGCCCAAUCAUCAUGAAAGUUGGUAAAAACAUUGGUUUUAUUGAUAUCUCAGACGAGUUCGAAAAUGGUCCAGAUCAGUGAAAAAACAUGGCCGCCAGUGGGCGGGGCAUUUUUCAUUAUAUGUAUAUAGUGAAAACAUGUGAACACUCUAGAAGUCUAAUUUUUGGCCCAAUUUUCAUGAAAUUUGGUCAGAACAUUUGUUUCCUUGAUAUGAGAGUUGAGUUCGAAAAUGGUUCCGGUCAGUUGAAUAACAUGGCUGCCAGGGGGGGGGGGCAGUUUUCUUAUAUUUAUAUAGUAAAAAAAGCUUGUGAACACUCUAGAAAUCACAUUUGUUGCCCAAUCAUCAUGAAACUUGGUACAAAGAUUGGUUUUAUAUAUAUCACAUAAUUAAUGCCAUAAUUAUUGCCCUUAGAUUGUCAAAAUUUUCAUUAUAUUAUACAAAAUCCUUGUAAACACUCUAGAGGUCACAAUUUUGUUUCAGAUUUUAUGAAUCCUGGUCAUAAUAUUUAUUUUUGUAAGCAAAGUUUGAUGUUUGGUAAGGGGGGGGGGGUCAACUUAAAAUAUAGGUCACCAGGUCAAAUCUUACAAAAACACUCCAUAUGCCAGAGUUUUGGUUCAAUAAUGAUGAAACUUGACCAGGAUGUUUGUCUGGACAAUAUCUAGGUAAAGUUUGACGUUUGGUAAAGAUUGAAUGAACCGACUCCUCUCAGGUGUGCGAACUAGGGCCAUCUUGGCCCUCUUGUUAUUUGCUUUUACUACCACAAUUAUUUUAAAAGUGCUAGGAGUUAAGAAUUUAUUAUACUUUACAAUACUGGAGGAUAUACUGAAAUCACAAUUGAUGUUUGUAUGUUCGUAAAAACAUCCUAGACUUUUGGAGAAACACAAUUCAAAUAUGUCUAAACAUCUGUGUUUUUCAUGUAAUGGUAUGCAAGUAUGUCUUAGUAUGUGACUGUUUCAUUGUUAUAAAAUGCAUGUUAUGGGGUACCAUACUUCUUUUAUAUUUGCUUUUGUGAAUUCCAUUUAGUUUGGCUUGAUUGUUGAUUGUCACAAUGUAGAUUAAAAACAAAUAAUUAUGUUUUACCUUUCAUCACUGUGACUGUUACUGUUUGAAAAGAUCCACACAAGUAGCUGUACAGAAAUGAUUGUUAAACAGUAUUAAACAAUGAUUAUAAAUGUUUCAGUGCGUUUCAAAUUUACAAACACCAUUUCAUUGUAUUUACUAUCUUAAUUUAUUUGAAAAACUUGUAUUAUGGUAGCUGUGGUUUAGUACAGUGUAAAUUGUCCAUUCAAAUGAUUCUGUUUGCUAAUUAUAUGCGAUACAAGUACAGAUGUCUGUUCAUUCAUACAAUAAGUUAGCCUUGUAUUCAUGUAUUAUUUUUGUUCAUAAUAUCAUACUUGAAGUGUUUGCUCCACCUCUAGAGAUACAUGUAGUUAAUUUUGUUAAAUUUUACCUUUUGAAUGAUACAAUUUGUUUAUUUUCAAACAUUUGGUUUGAACGUUUAAGUUCAAUAGGCUUAUUUUGUGUUUGAUUUAGAGAAUGUAUCAUAUCCAUGUUAUUCCAACAUUCAUUAUUUUAAAAAAAGUGUUUUAAGUGGUAAAUAUUACACCUUUGUAUAUUAAAAUUGAAUAUGAAGUGGAUUUUUAAUCAAUUUUUCCAAUUUAUGUUAUGAGUUGUGACACAAGUUAAAACAUGACAAUUAGUAUUUGAUAUAUGUAGUAUGAAUUUUGUAAACAUUGUCUCAGCGGUGAAAUGUGUCUUAUGGAAGGUCCCAUGGUGUUCUUACUACUGCCCUUUGUAUAUAUUGAAAGGACAAAUGAAUUAAUAUUGUUUAGAUUUAAGUCCAAAGGUUUAUUCUAUCUACUGUAUAAAAUAGUACUUUUUUGCUUUGUAAAUGGCUUUAAUUGGGAACACCUGAGCAGGUUUAAAAAGACUGGUUAGAAUUGAUAAACAUGCGAAGACAGAGUAUCAUUUGCAAGAACGAGACAUGAGGGUCAAGGUAAAGGUCACAAUUGAAAUAGUCUAAAAUAACCAUUAUAUUAAAGCUCUUUUUUCUGCAGCAUAAUUUGUCCAGCACAAAUGGAUAAAUGAUAGGCAUGGUGAGUCGUAGUAUCAUUCACAAGUACCAGACCCAUUUAAAUAGUAAAGGAACGCAUUUGUUGACAAAUGGUUAUACCCAAAACCCAGGCCUUGGUUAAUGUCACAAUAUAGCUUUGAGCCAUUUAAGGAUUUUCAAAUAAUGUGGCAGAAUUUAAAAGUCUGAUGAAUCAGGGUAAAAUGUUAAAUAUAAGUAAUGAACUGAGAUUUUGUCCAAAAUCAAAAAAAGACUUCAUUGAUGGGCAUAUUGUUGCAUCUAAGAACUCUACCAGGCUGUUAUGUUUUGUGAGGCAACAUACAAUUUAUUCAUAGAUUCAGAUUCAUCUUAAAAAUUGUAAUUUGCAAUUUUGACACGUAAGUGCUAGAUUAAAAGUUUUUUGUUAUUUUAUGACACAAUUUCGAAUUUUAUGAAUUUUUACAUACAGUCUAUACAGAGCUUCACACAACUGUUGAUUUGUGUUGAUGUUUAAUUUCUAUAUGUGACUGUGUUAUAUUGUCUUAUUUUAUAAAUCUGACCCCUCUUUUCGAUCUUCUGUCUGGCUUUAAGUUAUGCCUCAUAUGUAUAAUAGAAUAAAUAUUCAUAAAAUGUUCACAUGUUGUUGCUUAUGAUAAUUGAACACAAUUUAUUUUAAAUAUUUGUGUGAAAGUUUUGUUGCUACAUUUAAUCACUAACAUAUGAAUAUAAAUAAUGAAAAUGUUAAUGUUUUCUCUUGUACUGCAAGUUGUAAAAGCUUUCAUAUAAAUUAUAAAAUUAUAAAUUAUAUAUUAUUUUUUGUUACAUCUUUAUCAAGUAUGGUCAGAAACAGUGAGAGCACACACUUCUGGCAAACCAACAUCUAACAUUUAAAGAAACAACAACAUGCACAUUAAAAUUGUAAACAUCUAACAAUUAUUGGUCAUGUAUGUCUAAGUUAAUCAUAUGCAGAUUAGACUAGUGUAGAGGGAAGUGUCACAUUUUAAGUUCAACGGUGGUUAGGUACUGAUCAUCAGAUAUUUCAGUGAGCCUAAAUAAUACAUUUCAUAUUGAUUUAUUUAAAUUGCAAAGACAUGCUUACCUUUGUUCUUCAGAAUGUAGUGUAUUCAAAUGUAAUCAUACAAUGAGUAAUAAGUUACAAUUUCAAAUACAAAUAUGUGUUAUUUUCAUUUAUUUUUUUGUUGUUAUGUUUUUCAUGAUUAUUUAGACAUUAAUGGUAUUAAACUUCGAAUUUAUA